AUGAAGGUCGGCCUGAAUGUCGGAAUUGCUGUGUCUAUGGCCGCCCAUGUCCGGGAUACCGACCUGAUGCGCCAGAGCGCAAAACCUACGUCAACAGACUUCUCUGGGGCCAUAGAUAUCCAGCGUGGAAACCCCACGCGGGGAACUCCACUGACCAUGCUGCCAAUGCCCGAUGCUACUUGGGAGCAGCGUGCACUUUGCUACUUUUUCGACCAGUAUACGAUUACUGGGGAUGUCGAAGAUGGCAUGAGUCAUCUCGAGUAUCUGCCACCGUUGUAUGCACGCUGUGGCGAGACGGGCGACCGAGGGUUGUCGUCCAUAUGUCUUCGCCAGGCAGUAGAUGCAACUUCCCUAAUGACCCUCGCCAACGUAUCCAAUGCACCGCCACUCAUGAUGAAAGCACGUCAGGGCUAUGGGAAAGCAUUACGAAGCCUACGAGAUGCAUUGGCCGAACCAGAAACGGCCAUUAAAGAUGAAACCUUUGCUUCUGUUGUUCUCCUCUCGCUGUUGGAAGAUAUCACUGGUGAACGCAAUGGGUUGUACAGCUCCCACACGGCGGGGUUUGAAUUUCUGAUGCAAAUGCGAGGAGCGGGCCAGCGUGAUCACCAGAUGGGUCGUGACAUGUUCAACUUCGCCUUUACACAUACUUUCGUUGAAAUACUCGCACUGGGUGAUAAACCACGAUUUGACAUCGAUUGGGUCCUGUCCCAGUUGGAUAAUAACGAUCCUAUUGAACGGCUUAUGCUUGCCGCUUCCAAGCUCAGCAACCUCUUUCUCGCCAUGCAAUCAUCUCCCAAACCACCUGAUCAAUCGAUUGUGGAAUCAUGGAUUUCCGCCGGCCGUGAAUGCGACUUCGAGCUGGCCCAGUGGACACUGCAUCUUCCCGAGCGUUGGCUGCCUCUAGUUGUCUAUUCAAGUCAAGGCGAACCACUCAUCACCUACAACCGCAUCUCUAACGCCGUGAUUUGGAACUAUUACCGAGCAGUGCGAGUAAUGCUUCAGCAAUUGCUUCUCAACCUAAACCGCACCCUUCUCGCCAUCGUCAAGAAAAAGGCCAAGCUCGGCGGCUCUCCGUCAACCCAGUGUGCACUAAACGAGGGCAGUCUACGGGCCAUCAUCCAGGAAAUGACCACAGAUGUCUGCCGCAGCAUCCCGUUUUCCCUCGGCGAUGUUGACAGCCUCGGCCGGCCGACUCGACCGAAUGAGAGCGGCCGAACUAUCCGGGCGGCCCAGGGCUAUGGACUGCUCUGGCCGCUGUGGUACAUCCUCUCUUGUGGCAUGCCCACACCUGCGCAAGUUAUACAGAUCCGUGCCGUGCUCUCUCGAGUGGGGUCCAAGCUUGGGAUCAGGCUUGCUCUGAUCUUAGCGCGCGAGGCUGAACGGAUCCGUGGCGACCCUAGCUCUGCGCGGGCACCGGUGAUCGGCCCAGAGUGA